GUCAUGUGACGGUCAUAUAGUAGAUCUGAGAGCAACCCUCAGUCAGUGAACGCUGCUUCUGCUGCUGCAUGGAGGCUCAAGGGCAAAGUCUUUGAACCCCCACCCCCCUUUUUCGGAUACAAACACAACUCCCUGCGUAUUUUGCAUUGGGAUUAUACUAUUCUCUUUUUCACUGAGCAAGACACACGCUAUCCUGGUUGGAGACCUUGGAGCCACUUUUCUCCACUGUGAGAGAGCACAGCAGGUGUUCCACUAUCUCACCUCGGUUGGGAGAGAGCGCCCUUGUUGACCUGAGGUGUUUUUUUGGGCCUAACUUGCCCAGAGGAUAAUUAUCUGACAAUUCAUCCGAGUCCAGCAGGAGGCAGCGGUUUGGCACGCUCCAGGGAUGGUGGAUAACUCUCCGGUUAGCGAGGAGACUUUUCUUCACCCUGGAUCUCCGAAGGUCUACUUGGUGACGGAUCUGAGCUCCUACCAGGUGAUGCCUUCGCCUUUUUCGGAGGACGACCUUAGCGAGUCCUCCAGCCCUCGGUCCUGUUCAAGUCCCGAUUCCCAGCUUCUCAGCUCCAGCUAUGGAAGCAACUCUAGCACAGAGAGCCAUGACAGUAUGCUCGAUCACUUACUGUCCCAGGCCUCGCUGGGAGGAGCUGUGCCUUCAGGAUCUGUGGCCCAGAUAUCCUCUUUCUUCUGUGACCCCCGGAGAGAUGUAAAAGAGGAACAGUUUGACUUCCUCACCUGGUCCAAUGUGGAGGCGGAGGAACAACCUGGAGGCUCUUUCCAGCCCACGUUGGAGGAGAUCGAAGAGUUCCUGGAGGAGAAUAUGGAAGUGGUGACGAUGAAGCAUGAAAUCAGAGAGGGUUGUCUGGCGUUGGGACUGGAAGAGGCUCUUGGUCUUGGAGUUGGUUUGGAGUGGUGCAGGGACGCCUCUACCGUGCCUAAAAUCGAACCAGAAACCCAGCAUUCAGACCAAACCGUCCCCACUGCUGCCUCCAGUGACACCACAUCAAUCGACUCACAUGAACCCAGCAAAGAGUCGAAGAAGGCAUCAUCCAACAAGCCUUCAGCGGUCAUUGUGCAGAUUCAGCCUCUUCAGAUCAAGCAGGAGCCGACAGUAGCUCCUGUAACACCAACAUCUCCGACAUCCCCAUCUUCAGACAUCACAAUCGCACAGCUUCUAGUCAACAUCCAGGGCCAGACCUUUGCUCUGGUGCCUCACAUCCUGCCCAACCCCAGCCUGAACGUCUCCUCUAAGUUUGUUCGCAUCGCUCCCGUCCCCAUUGCAUCCAAACCUCUGGGACUCUGCGAUGGAUCGGCCAACCACGGAUCGGGGAUUCUCAUCGGAGGUCAAAAGUUCCAGAAGAACCCCAUGGCGGAUAUUAUCAAAAUGCACAAAUGUACUUUUCCUGGAUGCACCAAGAUGUACACGAAGAGCAGCCACCUGAAGGCUCACCUGAGGAGGCACACGGGGGAGAAGCCUUUCGCCUGCAACUGGCAGGGCUGUGGAUGGAGGUUCUCCCGGUCAGACGAGCUGUCCAGACACCGGCGUUCCCACUCAGGAGUGAAGCCCUACCAGUGCACGGUUUGUGAGAAGAGAUUCGCUCGCAGUGACCAUCUCUCAAAACACAUCAAAGUCCACCGCUUUCCACGAAACAGCCGGACAGUUCGCUCAGUAAUCUGAAGCUGAAACCUCUACAGGAGCACAGUGUGAAUGUUCAUCUCUUAUAUGUGAGGGUUGUGUGAGUGGAAGCAUGCCCUGUCUUUUCAUUUCAUCGCUCUGUGAUUGUCCUAAUUCAGGGGUGUCCAAACGUAUUUCCCCGAGGGCCACAUACAGAAACAUAUACGAAGGUCUGGGCCGCUCACUAGAGGUAUACUGCCUCAUAAGUUCUGUUAUAAGUUGGAAAAAUCAAUCAAAUGUAGGUACAUGAUGCUUGAUACUUGAAAUGCUUUAAGAAACAAACAGCCCAGCUCUCCAGAGGGUUUCCGUUAUUCUGUCAGCAGCUCAUUCCUUAAAACAGAAGCUUCAGUUUCUAUAAGAGGAAAUAUGAAGGGUCUAUUUCACGCUUGUUAUGUCAAUUUGUUAUUGGGCUUUCUUCUUAUCAACUUAGAUUUGUUAAAACAUGUUUUCAACUUGAAUGGACUGAAUUGAUUUGAAAAUUGGGCCACUGAAUACUGUGUAAUAUUUGAAAAUAUAUAUUUAAGAAGUACAAUAUAAGACAAGCGUGAGGGCCGAUUAAAAAUGGUCAAUUAAAAAAAAAGUUUGGACACCCCUGUCCUAAUUUAUUGUACAAAGACUGACACAUCCUGUCAGCGUAUGUUUUCCUCUUCUCUCCUUAUCGCAGAAGGUUAGAUAAGCGUAUGUACAGUCAGUCUGGAUCAGUUAUAGUCUUGCAUGUCCCCUUUUACCUGGAUCAAAACGACUGCCUUUAAUCGCCCUGAAAGCUGCCAGUGUCGUGGACAUUCCUCGUCUUAUGCAAAGUUUAGGAAGUCAGAGGACGUUUCCUCAUUACUCUUCACUCUCCGUGGGGUUUUUGCUGCCUUGUUCCACAAAUCGUUGGUGGCAGUUUUUUAUUCACAUGUCCCAGCAGCUUUGUAAACCUGCUGGGACAUGAGGAGUGGAAUCAAGAAGCCUCACAAGACAUCUAAACGUGAAAAGUGUUAAAUCCGCCGUGUGAUCAGUGUUAAAGGAUCUUUGUUUGUUGUUUUUCAAAAGCUAAAUCAUGUGAAUCUACUCGCUACCAAGACCCCAGGAAGAGCAUCGGCCAUUGAAGCGAAUUUUUGUAGUGGCCAAACGAUGGUACUACAACUUCAGUUCUAGUUCGGGAUGCCAUUGGGCUCAAACUACUUGUUUCUUACUGACUUAGAAACCCUAAGCAUGAACACUUUUAUAGCACUUAUUUAAAUUAUUAGGGUCUAAAAGUUGGGUUGUUUGACCUCUCCAUUCAUUUGACUGAGCCAAGAGUGGGAGAUGGAGGCGGGGCUUAAGAUCAGGAGGCGGGGUUAUAAUAUGAGAGGUGGGGCUUAUAUAUGGGAGGCGGGGCUUAAUGCAAACUCAAGUGCCCACACUGAAAAAACUGAACCUAUAGAUUCCCCAUUUUUGGCGAUAUUCGCAACUUAGCAACUCUCAAAAGAUUUAACGAGACCCCCGCCUCUGUAUCCAGUUCUCUUUAUACAUCCAUAUUUGCGACUGGUCUACUAUUUGUAUAUCGCUUUUUUUGGCCUUACUGUACCACAAAAUCCUUACUGACGAUCUGAAUGGUUUGGGAAGCCAGACUCUAAAUUGGUGUUAAGUGACUGUUGAGAAGUUGUCCUUAUAUUGUCCCUGAAUGUCUCAGUCUGCUAUGAUUAUGAUUAUUAUUAUUUUGCUGAUGACUUGACACAAGAUCUGCCUCAAUCCUUCUUUUGUCUGCUACCGGAGACACCCUGACAGCCUUGUAAAGUGACACCGACCAGGGCAAAGGGCUUCUGGGAACAUCUUUGAGGCCAUACUUUGUAAUUGUUCUCAAACAUUGUGUAGCACACCCCACAGUGAAUAUGUCGGGGUUUGAAGAUGCCGUCCAUUUGUGAUUCAUGUGUGUAAACAAGCAGGGGUUACACAACAUUGUGCAUCAUUCCUUCAUUCAAUUUCUGAAUUGUUAACGCUUGUGGGAACACAGGUGUUUUAUCGCAUCCUAUGAAUGUAUGUAAAUAUGCAGAUCCAGAGAAACACAGAGAAAACCAUAUCUUAAAAACACAAAUCAGUGGUUGUGAAGAUUUCUAGUGCGAACCCUAAAUGUGUACAUAACUACGUUUCAGUCCAUAUGGAUAUAUUAUAUAUUUUUGUCUUUGUUGUAUUGAAGAUGCAUUUACAAAUAAAACUGAAAAUAAAUAAACAGUUGCAAUUCC